AUGCAAAACUAUCGUUUACGGUGUCAACUGUAUGGACACGAAGCUGAUGUACGUUGCGUGGCAUGUAUAAGUGAUGGCAUCGUUAGUGCUUCAAGGGAUAAAACAACAAGAAUAUGGCGUCCUUCAGGUUCAUCAUUCGAACAGCAUGCCGUAUUAAGGGAUCAUCAAAAUUUUGUUGUUAGUAUAUGUUACAUACCACCAAAUGAAAAGUUUAGUGAAGGAUUAUUGGCUACUGGUAGUAAUGACAAAACCAUAUGCGUUUAUGCACCAGUACAAGCAACAUUAUUAUUCAAACUGGAAGGCCACGAACAAACCGGUAAGACUACUUUUCUAGAGAUUAUCUUCUGAUCUCAUAUUUUCUCCCCUUUCCCUUUUUUUCUCGAAGAGAAAAGCCUUAUAGAUAAUUGGUAAGAAAAAACAGAGAUAUCACCAGAAAAAACCUGCAUGCUUUGCGCGUCUAACGGCUUUUUGUCAGGCCAGAUUUAAGCGUUCAUAUUCUGUUGGGCGCGUAUUUCUUUCCGUCUUUAAAAAAAUGAAAUCUAAAAGCUGGAUUCUACCGUUUUAACUUUUUCAAAGAGCUUGUUGAAGUUGACUUAACAUGUUUUUUCACGCUUUCCUAUAAUCGGUUGUGCUGAAUAAAACUUUCGUUUUGUCCAAUUAUGCUGAUGUAUUAUUUUUUUCUUAGUUUCUUGCCUGUCACAUAUUCUGCGGAGCGAUGUGUUGGUAAGUGGGUCGUGGGACAAUACCGUCCGACUUUGGUCACUAUCAAGUCAGCAAUGUGUGCAAAUUCUGAAAGGUAAGAAUCUUUUAAUUUCUUUGCUUCCUCACAUUUUUAGUGAUACAUUGAGCAUUUUUACUAUGCCACGUGGGCAUGCAACUUUUUCUAGACAGAAACGAUUUUUUCUUCAUCGAAACAGUAGUUGAAAUUCGGAGAAUGUUUUUUUUUAAACGAAUAAAACGGUUUUCAAAAAACAUUUUUUUCGAGCCAAAACGGUUGAGGGAACUCUUGCCCACAUUUUUCGUCAAAAUAUGAUUUCUUACACAGUAUUCGAUGUAGUUUUAAGUGCUGAAUCCGAUUAUGACCUUAUUUUUUCUUGAAAGCGUUUCUGAGCCGAGAAAAUCAGGUUUCAUUCGAAAGAACAUAGGUUUUUGGAAAACUUUCUGAGCGAUUCAGAAACGUCUGUGCUACUUUGUGUUAACUGCGUUGAGCCAGCAUAGUCUGUCGAGCAUUUUGAAACGCGUUUGAAAAAUGGAUGUGGGUAGAUUUCACGCUUUAAUAAUCAUAGUAGUUAGGAAACAUUGUUAGUCUGAAAGAUACAUGUUUUCUCCGUGCUUAGGCAUGCACCAAUACAAUAUAUUGGGUCCCAAUAAUAUUGGUCACCCAAUCUAUUGGAACCAAUAAUAUUGGUCACACAAUCUAUUGGAACCAAUAAUAUUGGUCACCCAAUCUAUUGGAACCAAUAAUAUUGGUCACACAAUCUAUUGGAACCAAUAAUAUUGGUCACACAAUCUAUUGGAACCAAUAAUAUUGGUCACACAAUCUAUUGGAUUUUCACAAUAUUAUUGGGUAUUGGAUCAAUUGAGUUCGGCCUACUGUUACAGUACGGACGCAUGCUUUAUAUCCCGCUUUGAA